AUGGCCGCCGCCGCCGCGCUCCUCCUCUCGCCGUGGCUCGUUUCUCUCCCACCUCAACCGAGCCUCGCCCCCGGCUUCACCAAGAGACCAACUCCCUACCCCUCCUAUCCCCUCCUCGGCCGCCGCGGCGCGAGGCUCCGGGCCGUCGGGGACGGGCCUGGCUCGGGGCUGCCCGACCAGGCCACGGUCUACAACGGCGCCUACGGGCCCUGGACCGUGGAGGACUCCGACGUCCGCGAGGUGCUGCUGUACCGGUCGGGGCUGGUGACGGCGGCGGCGUCCUUCGUGGCCGCGGCCUCCGCGGCGUUCCUGCCUGAGGGCAACCCCGCCGCCGGCGCCGGCGCGGCCGACCUCCUGUACGCUGCCGGCGCCUCGGGGCUGGGCCUGUCGCUGCUCCUCAUCCACAUCUACGUCACCCCGAUCAAGCGAUUCCUCCAGGCGCUGUGGGCGGCCGGGGUGCUCGGCUCCCUCGGGACCUACCUCGUCGCCGCCCGCCCGCUGGACGAGGGCCUCGUGCAGUACGUGCUGGAGCACCCCGCCGCGCUGUGGUUCGUCGGCCCCACGUUUGCCGCGCUCACUGGCCUCAUCUUCAAGGAAGGUCUCUGCUAUGGAAAAUUGGAAGCUGGCAUCUUAACGUUUGUUAUCCCUGGGCUGCUUCUUGGACAUUUGUCUGGUUUAAUGGAUAACAGCACAAAGACAACCCUUUUAGGAGUGUGGAUGCUUCUUUUCAUGGUUUUCGCAGCUAGAAAGUUCCAGCAGCCCAUCAAGGACGACAUUGGGGACAAAUCUGUUUUCAUGUUCAACGCACUCCCUGAAGAGGAAAAGAACGCUUUGAUCCAGAAACUCGAGAGGCAAAAGGCACAGCAGCAGUUUGAGUAG